AUGAUUCUGGUUAUGUUCAUGCUGGCAUGUGCAGGGACACUAUGGCUAGCGCAUCGGUUUUCUCUCUUAAUGUCGUUACCCAUUGAAACCUCUGUGAAGAGCUUAUCGAUACCAAUCCCUAAAGUGCCACUACUGUCAGUUGAUAAAGUCACAGAUACGUCAAUAGCGUUCCAUUGGAGUGAUGUUUCGGGUAACACCGAAAACGGGGAUUCUAAGAAAGAAAAGGACGAUUUAGUGUCUAGCUCUAAUAUUGACCACUAUAUAUUAUAUAUCAACGGAAUACAAACACUGAGGAUCAAGGGAGAUGUGAAUAAAUGUACGCUUGAGGAGCUAGAGCCUAGCUCCAACUACCAAAUUGAUUUAGUUGCAUUUAACUUGGCUGGUUUUCGGUCCAAGAGCUCGCCCAUUUUCAUCAAGACAUCUGCUAAACAUAUCGAAGAUUCAAAACUACAAAGUUUGCAGAAUAUUGAUAAUGUUAUCAAAUAUCUUUUACGGGAACAAGAAAGAGAAUCCUUGACGAGAACUGAUCCUUUCAAGUCGACAACCGCUAGUUCAGCCUCAAAUGGCAGGUCUAGAAGCGGUACUUUGGAUGGUAAUCAACAGCCGCCAACAACAUCCACGUCCACUAAUCCUACUAUAGAUUCCAAACACCCACAUUUGAUUGACGACAUUAAUGAGUUGAAAUGGAUUUUGGAAAGUGGCUUGGAAGAAGUCCAGCAGUUGAUGAGAUCGUAUAAAGAAGCAGAGUUCGAAUUCCAAGAGGAAGAGUCCAACUUAAUUGCCACUAGAGAUGAGGCAAGGACUAGAAGAAAAUUCGAAGAUAACAACAGGACAAAUUUACGUCAAGAAAUAAAACUACUUGAAGAGCAACGGGUUAGAGGUGCAAGUAGAGUCAGUGCCGAUCAAAAGAAAAUCAAAGAACGGGAAAGAAAAAUCGAUGAACUGAAACAUCAAAUCGAGAAACUAAAUUCUGAUACUAUCAGGAUGCAGAAGGAACUGGAAUUCCAGACGAAACAAAAUCCUAAAAAAUUACUAAAGCUUGAAAAUGAGGUUAUGAAUUUAAAUAAAGAGAUCUUUGUGUCGCAGGAAGAAUUACAUAAUCUGGAGGAUGAGUUAAGGUACGAAAUUUCUCUAAGAAAGACCCUUGAAUCCACAAAGCUCAAAGUUAUUGAGCUUUUUGAAAAAAUUAACGAAAACAUCGAUGAAGUUACAGGAUUGUUACGCCCUGAAGGCGUACAAUAUUUAAACGACUUAUUUAAGCUAAAACCUGAAUGGGAAAAAGAGUUAUACCAGGAGAUAAAGGAAAUAGAUGAAAAGGCGGAAUCUGAUUACAGACAUUUGCAAGCUAGGGAAUGGGAGAAAUUUGAGCUAAAAAAGAAGCAAAUAGAUGAAGAGAAGAGACAAAGAAUAUUACAAAAUGUUCAGAAUGUGCAAAACGUCAAUUCCAAUCCAAUAUUACCAACCGUCAAUAUUAAUACCUCAAAUGAAAACGUUACUACUGGUACAACACCAACUAAUGUGAAUGGAUAUUUGUACAAUCAAUUACCUUCGCACUCUAACGGCAGCGCUUUUAAUAGUCAACAAUUCAACUCUAACUCUAUGAGAAGUUUAAUGGGAUUAAGGUCCGAGAAUAACGGAUCCUUUCAAGGAGAAUUUGAUGAUUCGGCAUCUCUGAAUGCAUUUAAUGGAAAGAAUAAUAUUUGGGCAAUAAAUAAUAGUGAUCGACAAUCUGUAAACAUGUUAUUACCUCAGAACUUGAUUGAUUCCGAAGAAAUUGAUCAACUUUUAACCAAUACUAAUAAAAGUAAUAACCAUACAGUCCUAUCACCACACAUAAACCCGUUAUCCCAACCAUCACUGAAUCCGCAGAAUGGUUCUGCAGCAUCACCCAACAUAUCACAGAUCAAUCAAUUUGAUUAUUAUCAAAAUAACGGUUUAAAUGGCAUGGUAUUGGGUUCAAGUCCGCACCAUCAAAGAAUAACCUCAUUGAGUGCCUUAACAACAGCAGCCUCGCAAAUGAAUCUAAUGAACUCCCCACCACAAUCACUACAUGCGCAGCUAUCUAAUAAUGACAGCAUUGUGACUACGCAAUCUCCAUUCAAUAACAACAAUUCAAUGAAUAUGCAGCUUAACACUAAUCCUGUUUCCGGUGGAAAUGAUAUUGAUCCUGUUUCGAUGUAUCUCACAUCCAAUGGUCUGUCCGAUAACACGAGUUCGCAUCAUUACUCUAAGAUUUUUGGAACGUUGGGUAGUGAUCUUCAAGAAACAAAUAUUAACAACGCCAAUAGCAACUCUAACAAUUACAAUCUCAAUAGCAACAGCACUAGCACUAAUGUCAAUACCACUAUUAAGAACAAUAACAACAAUAAUUCCAGUACAAGAGGUCGAAGCUCGAGUUUUGGUUCAAGUAUCUGGAGUAAUGGUAAUACUAAUAACAAUCAUGCAAAUUCUGGUAGUUGGGGUGGAUUGCAACCAAAUAAUGGAUUUUCUUUCCUCGGUACACCAGCGUCUCUCAAUCAAAGUGAACAGCAAAGUCUGGUUAGUACCAUGAAUGAUCAAAUCGGCCAAUCACCAUCGACUUCGAUUGUUGAACAAUCCAAUACCAAUAAAGUAGUCAACACAACUACAGGUGACCACCAUCAUCCUAAUUCGCCAUCAUUCCUAAAAUCCAUGAUGGGCAAGUUUGGCGCAAGUCCGACAAAGACAUUAUCUAAUAAAACUGUUGAGCAUCAUUUCGAUGCACAUGGCCAUAUUUCGUUGUUCGAUGAAACUAUUGAGGAGAAUCCAAAAGACGAAAAAUCUCCUAUAACUCACAACAAGUCUUCAAGUUUUGGUAGCUCAAGGUUUUUCAAAUUGCCAAGGAAAAAUUCCAUGCACUCAACCAGUCAAGCUUCUGCGGCCACUCUAGGUUCCACUGAUGGAAGUAUAAUUGGAUCAUCAAUAUCUGAGGAUCCUAAUGCCGUCAACGGAAACGGUGGCAGUGGCAGUGGCAGUGGCAGUGGCAGUGGAGGAGGUGGUUUCAUGGGUAGGAAACUAAGUUUUGCCUUUAAAAGGGAUAAAGAUAAGGAGUAG